UCGUUCGGCAAAGAUGUCUGCUACGGAUGUAGGCGGUUGUGGACCCGGACCAGGACCCUGUUCGGGUGCUGGGUCCGGGGCAUCAAACCCCCGAAAAUUUAGCGAGAAAAUAGCUCUACAUACCCAACGUCAGGCUGAAGAGACUGCCGCUUUUCAGGAGGUUAUGAUGGACAUCACCUCUACCAGGAUCCAGGCUCAGAAAGUGCGUCUGGCUAGAACCCAGGGCCCGUACUACGGGGGCUCCCUACCCAACGUUAAUCAGAUUGGCAGGAACCCAGGCGACUUUCAGGGUUUGUUCCACUCUAACUUGGACUCCAGUCGCUCCACACGACACCACGGCCUGGUAGAGCGGGUCCAGAGGGACAGAAGCUUCAUCUCCCCAGUGCGCCCCUACAGGAGACAAGUGGACCGCUCUCCAUACAACUCAGCCUAUCUGUCCCCGCCUCCGGACUCCAGCUGGAGAAGGAACUGUUCGGGCAACUUCCCAGGAGACAAAAGCCAGUUGUUUCGCCUCCCCACCACGGCACUCAACAGGACCAACUCAGACUCUGCCCUACACACCAGUGUGAUGAACCCACCUGCAGGAGACACCUUCAGCGCUGGACACACACUCACCCCUCAGGGCAGACGCACUGGUCAGAGUGAAGGAGAGGGGAGAAGAAUGUUUCCGUACCCAGUUCCCCCUAUUGAGGAGAACGUUCUGGAUCAGGGUAAACUGCUCAAGCCCUGGGACACCAAGAAGUUGCCCCUGCUGUCUUCUCGACCCAAGUCCUGUGAAGUUCCCGGUAUCAAUAUCUUCCCCUCCCCGGACCAGCAGUCCAGCACCCCCCAUGCUCCCUCAGCCCUGAACACGGGGGGCUCCCUGCCCGACCUGUCCAGCCUGCACUUCCCCUCGCCACUGCCCACCCCGCUGGACCCAGACGAGCCGGGCUACCCGUCCCUGAGUGGGGGCAGCAGCACGGGCAACCUGGCCUCCACCCUCACCCAGCUGGGCAUCAAUGCCAGAAAUGCCUUCCGCCACUCGCCAGGUCUCCUAGCAUCUCUUCAGGGCACUCUCAGUAACCCCUCCCUGCAGUCCUCGCUAAGCAACCCCAACAUACAAUCAUCUCUCAGCAGCCACUCCUUCCCCAACUCCCUCAGCUCCACCUCCUUGCACUCAUCGCUUAGCAACCCUUCCCUGCAGUCCUCCCUUAGCUCCUCCCCCUCCCUCCAGUCUUCCCUGAGCAACCAAUCCCUGCACUCCUCCCUCAGCAAUUCCUCCUUGAGUGGCCAGUCCCUCCAGACGACGGCCAGUAACCCUAGUUACAGUAGCGGGGUGGGAGGGUCCGGCUCGUGCUCCUCUUAUUCGCCACUGCUAACUAGCCAGGGGCAGUCACCACUCAGCACGUCGCCACGGAGACGAGCUCAGCUCUCCCCUCUGAUCCUACCCAUGGGAGGGGAGUCUCGCAGGCACCACUCCAAACAGUUCUCCCCCACCAUCUCUCCUAACUUGUCCUCCAUAACACAGGGCGUCCCUCUGGACACCAGCAAACUGCCCAUGGACCAGAGGCUCCCUCCCUACCCCUUCAGCCAUCCCCAGCAGCAGCUUCAUCAGCCAGGUCCUCCAGCAUCCCAUCAGCCCCAGCAGGCCUCUCAAGCAGGACAACAGCUCUCCCAGCCGUCCAUGGUACUGCAACAACAACAUCAACAACAGCACCAACACCAUCAGCUGCAUCCGCAAAUCCAGCUGCACCAGCAGCAACGUGCCCAGUCUCAGCAGGCCCUCCAGCAGCUGCACCUGCAGAACCUGCGCAACUCCCAGAAUCAGCAGAUGCAGCACCUGCAGCAGCAGCAUAGGGUGUCGGUCAAAAUUGAGAUGCAGGGUGAGCAGGGACAGAACUCCCAGUGCCUACAGACGCAAGACCCGCGGUCGACCCAGCAGCUACAACAACAGCAGCUACAACAACAACAACAGCUGCCUGAGUUCACUUUUGGUGUUUUGUCCCCGUCUCAGUUCAACAUGGAGACUCAGGGAGACAGCCUGUCGUUCAACCAUGGUGGCUUGGGCAGUGGGAGUGGUGGAAAGGGCCAGGAGGAAUCUUACCACCCCAACCAUGGCUUCCUGGAGCUCCACGACUCAGGGGAUAGGCAGCACCUUAACAACCAGAACUUCGGGGGAGAGGGAUGCCACAACGUCCCUAACAUCAUCCUCACAGGAGACAGUUCGUUGGGCCUCUCCAAGGAGAUCGCCAGCGCCCUGUCCCACGUGCCAGGGUUUGAGAUGGACUCCUUUGCCCUGGACGACCCCCUCAGGAUGGACCCCCUGGCCCUUGAGGGGCUGGGCAUGCUGGACAGGGACCUCAUGCUGACCGACCCCGCCGUGGAAGACUCCUUCCGGUCCGACCGCCUAUAGUGACACCCCCCCCCAGACUGAAGUGGAACAGGUGGGGUUGAGCCCUGCUUUGCAUCCCCUUCCUUGGCGAUCGACCCAACGCAUGAUCUGGGAAUAAGACGUCAGGUGGGAUGUUUUGGACAGUCUAGUGCAGGGUUCUCUGACUGGUCCUGGAGAGCAACUGGGGAGCAGGCUUUUGUUCCACCACAGCACUAAUACACCUAUCAAAUAAUCAGCUAAUCACAGUCUUCAAUCUGGACCUUGAUUAUUUGAAUCGGUGUCUUAGUGCUGGGCUUGAAUACAAUACUGCAUGCUCUGUAGCUCUCUGGGACCAGAGUUGGAGGCACCUGGUCUAGUGGGGACCUCACCACAUGCAUUUCUGUGAGGGUGGUGUGGUGGGGAAGGUUGGAGGAAGGGACUGAUAUGUCAGUGGUGGAGCAAGUUUGUUUCGAGGUUCUUUCCGCUACAUCCAGGCACUUAUCGGAAACGCACUUGUGAUGCUUAAGAGAAAAAAGAAAAUGUAGGCAUUAGCUUGUACGAGUCUUAUCUGCAUGUAAACAAAUGCACUUCGGUUAAUGCAUAAACGCAGGGAUCACGCAUGAGGUCGGUUACACUUGAAAAUGCCAUCUUAAAAACCAUACAAUAUGCAUUCUAUAAGACAGGACUUUUCUGACUGGUCUUUCGGCUUUGUCUGUCGGUGUUCCAUCAUUCCAACGCCAGUAUGGGGAGGCUGGAAUAUCGGCCAUGUUCGCCAUCAUUCUACUGCAAGAACAUACCGUAGAUCUGGGGUAUUUUUGGAUUACGUCAACCCAACCAGAGACUGUUCAACCAAUAGUGGCCAAUUGACAUGUCUAAGUGUUUCUAUUUUACUUAAGUUUGGUAAAGGUAAUUCAAUGGCGGACCUUGCUAGCUAUAGUUCAGAUAUAGUUCAGUCUUUCAACGGACAAAGAGAAGAAAGUGUUUUUUUGGAGAGGUGACUUUCUCAGUCACUCAGGACAAGUUGGCACUUAUGGGGCCAUUUUAGUGUCUGGACGGCAUAUUCAUCUGUAAGAUUAUCACUGUGGCUGUGUUCAAGACCCAGCUAAAUUGACCUUUCUCAUUUGACCUCUCAGUUAGUCUGUCAACUCGAAUCGUCUUGAUGGUUCCGAAUCUCAAAAAUGACUAAAUCAAUCGUCUAAGGAUAUUGUCCUCAUAUUGAACCAAGUAGUCCAUAGAAUCCAUUAUCCAACUCCCCUGUCUAUAAAAACAACACAUAAAAUAACACAUUUCACUGCACCUAUCCGGUGUAUGUGAUAAUAAAACAUGUUUUGUAUUAUUUUUUUAUAUGUCCCAACAUGGCAGCUGUUGCCAUUCUGCCAGCCUGCUUCUAUACCAUUGAUCUUCUCUAUAAGCUUGAGCCGAGGACCUUUUGCUAUGUACCACCCCUGUGUGCCUGCUAUACUACUAGCUCUCCCUCAGAUCUUAGACCUACCCUCUUCUGCACAUUCCCUUUAAAGCAACUAGGGACUGUUUGUUUUUAAAUGUGUGCUAUUCACAAAGUGUCUGCCUUCCAUCAAGAGAAUUGGCAUUGUAUUGAGGGCAAAAGCCCUCAAUACAUUUCAGUGACAUGAAUUGGAGUUGUGUGUUUUAUCAUUGAGUAAUUGGGAAACGGCAAGGCCAAAACCAAGUAGACGAAUGCAUAGCUACAUUUUUGCCAUAAUAUGUAUUUGAACUGCUACUACUAUCCUUAGGCCUUGGAGCUUUAGUGUCCGUUUUAGUCAGGUAAUCCUUGCCACUGUGAUUGACACCUCUAACCCCUCCCACCUGCUGCACCUGUCUUGCCACAGCAAAAGCCAUAGCCAGAUUAUAGUAACAUAUUUUUAUGUAACAAAGUAGUUAUUAAUAUGAAGUUUUAUUUUUUAAUCAAAGGUGGUCUAUAUGUCUUUGUAUAUAAAUGUAUAAAUAACUGAGAAUAUAUUUAAGAGAAGCCUUUUGGUUCUGCAACACCCUGAAACCGGUUGCAUGAUUUGAAAAGCAACAGGUUCUGAACAAUGUAGUCCAUUAGCUAUGCAAAAUGUUCUUGUGCAUGUCUCGUGUGACUGUCUGGGAGUUGUCAAAUACAUUUUCUGGCAUUUUUAUCCUUCAUUUAGUACAUUUGCAAAUAGAACAUUUGCAUCAUACUAUUGUAGUGAAAAUACAUUUUUAAAUAUAUAUUUUUAGCUUUUCAUGUUUUUUAAAUGGUCAUAUUUUGCUUUGGUGACAAUGUUUUGAUAUUGGUGUCUAAAGUAAAGACUACUGUGAGUUUGUUGUGUGGCAGCAACAGGAAGUUAGAGCGCUUGAGAUAAUAUCGUUGAACUUUCAUAAUGACAAAGAUAAUGAAGAUCAGCCCUUCUUUCCAGUGUGGACUGAAAGAGGCCAUGUUUGACAGACUUAAUAAAACACAAGCGUUGCAACUUGGAUAUAGAAAGCUGUAUGCAACUGUUACAUCAUCAUAGAUUGGUGGUAACACCCACCCUAAAAUAAAGUAGUGCUGUUCCGAAGUUGUUCUAACAUAGUUUAACCCCCUUAUUGACAGAUAUUGAAGUAUCGCUUAUUACCGGUAUGUUUUAUUUCAACCAUAUUGCUUUUACACUGAUCAUAUGCGCCAAAUGCAAAUCUGUUUUGACAGGAGUGGUGGUUUGAGUAUCAAACCUAUGGUAAAACCCAUUCACCACUGCCCCCUAUCCAACAGUAAUAGUGUGGGUUUGCAAAGGUGUGCCUCUGUGUAUAUCUUGCUUCUUACUAGGCUGGUGGUGUUGGUAAGACCACAAGGUAGUUUUGAAGAGGCAUAAUAAUGCAUUUUCGAUUUAGCCAUUUAAACGUUUGCGUGAAAAUCA